GCUUUCUUCGACUCGCCAACACUUUUUCCACUCUCAGCAAUCCGUUUCUCUGUCAUCUCCCUUAUUUCUGCGACGUCCACGUCAGUUAGUGUGAUUAUACUUGGCGAACGUCGCAGCAUCCUGCACCCAAUAACCCUGGUAAUACCGGUACUGAGUCGACUGACACGUGACUUACUAUAGGAAGCAAAUACGAGUGACAGCAGAACCGCAGCUGUUGUCGAACUGCGCGCCCAUCUUCCUUCGCACUUGAAGCAAAUAUGGAGUACGUCUUGAGGGCUGGAGAGAUCGCCAAAAACUUUCGCGAGACCCGCUUGAGCACCUUGCGGCCUGCAUCUGAAUUUUUCAACCAUCGCCAGUUAUCAAGACCCACUGACUCCAACCAAGCUUUUGAGCGUAUAACCUACAAUACUCGCUAUUUCGCUGGCAAUUAUUUUCUUGUAGUCGCAAUCCUUGCUUUAUAUGCCGUUCUGACAAAUAAAUGGCUGUUAAUUGCCAUUGCCUUCAUCGUUUGCGGUUUCACGGCCAUAAAUAGACUAGCACCUGAGCCACGACAAGUGGGAGACUAUAUCAUCACUCAAAAGGGUCUCUACAUUGGUCUCUUCGGCGUUGGUACUGUAUUGCUUUGGCUCGCUGCGCCCAUCUCGACGUUCUUCUGGAUCAUAGGGGCUUCUGUAUUCCUAAUCCUAUUCCACGCAUGCCUCAUCGAACCAGGCGUCGAGAGUGAGUACGCCGCUGUCCAAGACCAGGUUUGAAUCAAGGGCGGUCAUUUUUACUUGUUUCACUGUCAUCAAUCUGGAAGAAUAGAAGCCUUCCUUCACUUGUUCCCUAACUUGUUGCGAAUGGACUCAUUACGUGCCUUUUCCUUAAUUCCUCCCCGUUCGAUACCACUCUUUCUGUCGCUAUAUUAAGCCUUAUUUGUUCGA